CCUUCCUAGAGAUUCGGCCCCACCACCAGCUCCCACCGCUCGUGGGCGAGACCAAGUGCGAGGGGAGGAGGGGAAAAGCGCGCGCGUGGUCGCCCCUCCUACAGCUUGCAAUUGGUCCGACCCGCCGCGAGGGGGCGGGGCCGGCCGUGAAAAGCCGCCUUUGAGUGGAAGGCGGGAAAAUGGCGGAUUCCUCGGAGCGCGGCGCUGGGAAGCCUGCCUCGGCCGGUCCCAGCACUUCCAGCGGAGCCAGGAGGAAGGAAGGAAGAGUAGCAGGUGGAAAAGUGGUUGCGUCCCGAUACAUGGACUACGAGAAGAAAACAACCAGAAAGCCUCCUGCAACAGAUGCCUUAGAGACAGGUGGGAAGAUACCUGGAGGUGUAAAGAAACCCAGCCAGCUCCAGAAAAGCAAAGCAGAUCGCAGUGGGGUCGCAAAGGGUGACCUGCAGUCCACGUUGCUGGAAGGGCACGGCUCGGCCCCACCUGACCUGGAUCUCUCUGCCAUUAACGAGAAAAGUACAGUCAGAAAGACUCCACAAUUAGAAAAAACAAGAUCAGAGAAAACGGAGUCGACGUCAUUUUCUGCCCCUCGGAAAAAGAGCCCAAGCUUGUCCGAGGAGAUGGAGAUGAUGGAGUCCCAGACGCUGCUGCUGACGCUGCUGGUGGUAAAGAUGGAGAAGGGUCUUGCCCAGUUUGAAGAAGAGGCAGAAAAACAUUUAUUAAAACUGUGCAAAGAGAAGGAGGAGCUACAGAAAAAGACCCACGAGCUGAAGCGCAGCCUUCUCCUCUGUCAGAAGAAGCGGGAGCUGGAGGAGGCCCUUGACGCCCAGAUCGAGAUGCUCAGUCCCUUUGAGGCAGUGGCCGAACGCUUCAAGGAACAGUACAAGACGUUCGCCACGGCCCUGGACACCACCCGGCACGAGCUGCCUGUGAGGUCGAUCCACCUGGAGGGAGACGGGCAGCAGUUCUUAGGUUUCCCACCUCGUCCCCACUGGAAGACCUUGGCAAGUGUGAAAACUGCCAUGCCCCAUCCUAAAACCCUCUUCGGAACAGCAGUCCUGCCAGAGAGAGAUUUCAGCUGCCCUGGAGUCUGGGUGUUCCUGAGAAGAGCUCUCAUGAGUCAUCUCACUACGUUUUGCCUGAGGCUGUUGCAGGAGAGCGCUGACGCCCUGCAGUCUGAAUUGAAGACCACUCAGAAGCUCCUGAGAGAACUUGGCAUUGGCAAUUCAGAAACAAACGUGCAGGUGCUGGACUUGCUGGGCGAACUCAAGGAUGUAGCCGUGAAAAAGGACCUUGAGCUCCAAAGACCGUGCGUGCUACGGGAACAGCCAGCAGGUGUCGUCGUCCGUGUUGUGGAGAAAGUCUCAGUCCAGGAGCACCUGCCGCGUCUUAUGUCCCCUUUCUCCCUGCUCUGGAGUCAGUUCUGAGGGAGUAGGGGUGCUGGUGCCUUGGGGAUCAGAGACGUUGCAGGGUGGGCCCAGAGUCACAGUGCGAAGGUCGGGUGAGGCAGGGGGAAGGGAAUGGCGGGAGAACUGACACCCGGCUCUGGAAGAUCCGAGAAGUUCUCAAGCAGCCCGAAGAGAAAGUGCCUCGCCCCUCACGCACCCUUUGCCCCCAGAAUAACCAGCACAGUACGGGCGCCCUCAGAUCAGCCCUGUUCAUGUUCUGCAUGUCUUCCAGGGUUAGGGUUUGGGAGGAUGUUUUUGAACUCUUUAUUGAGGUAUAAACACACAUAGAAAAGACACAGAUUCUAAGGGACUGUUCGAUGGCCAUCACGGAGCCCGUGCCCUUGUGGGACCAGCCCUAGAUCUGACACAGCCUGUGCCCAGCCCCCCGAAACCCCUCAGGACCCCUUCUUUUCACCUUCCCCAGGAGAUUUCUAACUAUGAGCUUUUGCACCUCUUCUAGAAAAGAAUCUUGUUUUCUCUUCCUUACGAUGCUCAGUCUAUCUCCUGAGAUGCCUAAAAUAUUUGGAAAGGACUCAUGAGAAACAGCUGCCACCUGCUGUGGCACGUCUUCCAUGGGUGGCUGCAGGGUGAAAUCAGGGCACAUCAAAGGCUUCCAGAUGGCAAGGGUCAUGGGUUUGAGGGGUUAAACACGCAGGUGUCACACACGCUGCUCAUUUGCCAUGUAAGUGGCAUGGAGGCAGGGACUUCAUCCUGUUCACAGCUGUCCCGCCUGCUCCUGAGACAGACGUGCCCAGCUGUCUUGGUUUUCUGUUGCUUCUCACUAUAACUGAAACUGGGUAAUUGAUAAAGACAAGGAAUUUAUUUCUUACAGUUCUGGAGACUGAGAAGUUCAAGGUCAAAGGGUCCCAUCUGGUGAGAGCUUUCUUGCUGGUGGGGACUCUGUAAGUCGGUGGUGACAGAGGACGUCACGUGGUGAGGGAGCUGAGUGUGCCAGCUCAGGUCUCUCCUUUUAUAAAGCCACCAGUCCCACUCCCGUGAUAACCCAUUAAUCCUUUAAUUCACGAAUGGCAGAACCCUCAUGACCCAGUCACCUCUUAAAGGCCCCACCUCUCAGUGCUGCCACUAUGGGGAUUGCGUCUCAGCAUGUGUUUGGAGGGGACAAGCGUUCAGACCACGGCACCAACACCGUGCUGAUGCUCUGAGUAUUUCUGACCCCGUGAGUCUUUCACGCCUGCCGGUUCCGCCUUGGCUGUGUCCCUGACUGAGUCUUCACAGACCAGUCCUGCUCCCCCCGCUCUCCCACCGGGCACACAGGGGACGUGGAACCCCUCCCCCCCGACACCGCAGCCCCUCGCUCGCCAUGAAGGGGCUGCUUGACCUGGCGCUCAGCUGUGAGUGAGAGGCCUCAACUCCUCCUCUGGCCUCCACAGGAGCUUGGCCCAGCUGCAGGAACUCUCCGCUGAGGCGAGUAAAGAGGCCGCCUUGAUAAACCAGGGAGUCUGGGAAGAGGCCCAGGGCC